UCCACCUUUUAUAUUCACUCUCCAUAGCUUCCACCCAUCAUCACAAAGCACAACAUCAACACAAACUUGUGUAUCGUUUUACAGCAAUAUUACUAGGUAGUAGGUACUAUACUCUCCCUGCAGCUGCUCCAACACAAGAGAUCAUCAUCAACAACCAUGGUCGGUGUCUUCGGUCAUUCCCUCUCCUUCCCGAACAAAACCCCGAACCGGCCCCCCAAGCCUCCCAUGUUCUCCCACCAUACCCGGUCCGUCAGCCUCCCCUGCCGCUCCCACCCCCUUGUCUCCCAGCUCAAGGACUCCAUCUCCGAGCUCGACAAGUGGUCGUCAUCGUCCUCCGACAACUCCUCCUCCUCCGAGUCCACGAGCCCCCGCACGUCCGCAUGGCUCUGCGCCGGCUUGGCCCAGCUCAGGGACGUCCACGAUUCCCUCGACGACAUCCUCCAGCUCCCUCAGACCCUCGAGACCCUCUCCCGGCACCGCCAGCUGGUCGAGAAGCUCCUGGAGGAUCUCCUCCGCUUCGUGGACGCUUACGGGAUCUUCUGGACCUCCAUCCUGGCCCUCAAGGAAGAGCAGGCUGCCGCGCAGGUGGCCAUAAGGAAAAAAGACGAGCCACGGAUCGGGUCUUACCUUCAAGCACUGAGGAAGAUCUCCCGGGAGAUGCAUGGCCUCGUGUCCGCAAUCAGGUCCACUGGGAAGUCCGGGAUGAACAUCCCCAUUCCCACCGUGGGACCCGACGCGGAGCUCGUCACCGUCAUUCUUAGCGGAGUGGACGUGACGGUUAAGGUCUCCAUCGCUCUUUUCGAUGGAAUAUCGGCAUCCUUCAUGCUGAGGAAGUCAUCCCCCUGGGCAGGUUUCAGCGUUUCGCGGAAGAGCGAGAAGACAGAGAAGAAGGCCAUCGAUGAGAGCAUCGUGGAGCUCUGGGAGGCGAAUGUUGAGAGGCUGUUGCGGGGUCGCUUGACAAAGAUGAAGGGUGAGGAGGUGAAGAUGGCAUUAAAGAGGAUGCAGGAGAUGGAGAGUUGCAUUGGGGUGAUUGAGGGUGGGAGUGAGAGGGUGUUCAGGAGCUUGAUCAGCACUAGGGUUUCAUUGCUCAACAGCCUCACACAGCGAUGAAUUAAUUCAUUUUCUGAAAUUCAGAAAAUAGAGUUGUAAUUUAUUUGUCCCUUUCAUUUCCCUUUUUCUCCUCAUAUAUAUAUUUCUUGUUUAAUGAAAAUUAUAGUUGUGAUUAUCCAAAGAGAAUACAUAUGAAUGAAUAUUGUACAGAUUA